AUGACAAAGUUUUUCGAAAGUUUAUCACGUAAUUUUGCUCAGCUUUUAGAAAAUGGCGACGAUUAUAAUAUAAUAUUCCACGUGGGUGAAGGAAUGGUAAAACAAUCCUUCAAAGCACACUCUGCUGUUUUACAAUUUCGAUGCCCUCAUUUAUACAAUGAAUUAAAAAGCAUACCUUAUAAUGGAAAUUUCAAAGAGAUCUCAAAAUUUCACACUUCAGCUGAAGUUUUCGAAAUUUUAAUCAA